AUAGCACCUGCCUCACAUGGUUGUUGUGAAGGUUAAAUGAGAUAAUAUUUAUAAUGCUCUAUCAUGUUAAAGGUGCAUAGUAGGUGCUUGUUUCCUUCCUUGCUCUGAGGUAAGGAAUAGGAGAAUUUGAAAGGAAUUUGGAGAUCAGCCCGUUUAAAUUCUCACACAGUUUUGUUUUGUUUUGUUUUGUUUUUUGCAAUAUCCCCGACUGGUGGUCAUCUGCCUUCUCUUGAAUGCUAACAUCAGGAAAUGUGGUGACUGAGAAUGAGACAGUGAUGCUGGAGAGACCUGCUUCCUUAAAAUGUACUGUGCAGACUACUCAUGAGCCCUUGAUAGUCACUUGGCAAAAACUCAGAAAUGAAAGACCAGAAAACAUGGCUACUUUCAGCAAACAACAUGGAAUAGUGAUCCAAUCAACUUACAAGAGCAAGAUAGAAAUGAGUCAGCCAGGGCUCAGGGAAUCGACCAUCACCUUCUUGAGAACUGCAGUUGAGGAUGAGGGAUGCUAUUUAUGCAUCUUUAACAUCUUUGGUGUUGAAACGGCCUCAGGAAAAACCUGCCUCAUUCUUUAUGUACAGCCUACGGUAUUCCUGAACUACCAAUUCUCUGAAGGCCACCUGAAUGUCACCUGCUCUGCCACCGCACGGCCACCCCCUGUGAUCUCCUGGAAGGUCGGGGCAGAGGUGCAGAAUAGCACCGAGAAGACCCUUCAUCAAAAUGGUACCACAUCAGUCACCAGCAUCCUCUACAUCAAAGACUCUGAUAACCAGGUGGGGAAAAAGAUAUUCUGUAAUGUGAAGCACAUGGAGAAUAUGCUGGAAUACAGUGUGGAUCCCAACCAAAGAUGUGCAGCCUCUAAUUUUUCAGUGCCUAUAUUUGUGGGUAUCCUUGUGCCCGUAGUGAUCCUGCUGACUUUGAUUACUAUCUUACUCUACUGGAAAUAUCGGCGCCAGAGUAGAGGGAUAUGACUUUUCCCUUGAGGACUGCUUUAGAUAUAUCACAGAAAUUUAGUGUCAUAGAAAAUAAUAGCAAUAUCCCAAUGUGACUCAGAAGCAAAAGAAGAGUCCAAGACCAAAGAGAAUCUGAAAGAGGGAAAUAAAUGGAUCAAGAAUGUGGAAGACACAUAGGAACUUCUGUUAACAACUGAUUCUACUGCAUUCUGAUUUUUACAAGUAUGCCAUGUUCAUCUCCAGGCUACGUAGAACUUGUUUUUUGGAAGAACUAAGAAGAAGAUAGAUUAGCCUUGUGUUCAUACAGCACUGAUCUGGAAGUUAGAAGAGCUGGCUUCUUGUUCUAGUUCUGUCACUACCAUGCUAUGUGAUUUAGGGCAAGACCUUUCUGGAUCUUAAUUUCCAUUUCUGUAAAAUUCUUCACUUGAACUAGAGGAAUUAAAGUUUCUUUCCAUUUGUAAAACAUAUAUAUUAAAAAAAAAAGAGGAACAAGCAGAGUGAAACAAAAAGAAAAGUGGAUAGGAGAGCAUCAAGGACCAAAAGAGACAUGUUUUUGUUGUUGUUCCUCUUCAGUCAUUUCAAUCAUUUUGUCCAACUUCAUGACCCUAUUUUCUUGGCAAAGAUAUUGGAGUGGUUUGCCAUUUCCUUCUCCAUUUCAAUUUACAUAUUAGUAAACUGAGGCAAACAGGGUUAAAUGACUUGCCCAGGGUCACACAGCUAGUGUCUGAGGCAGAAUUUGAACUCAGGUCUUCAUGACUGCUUGCUUUUGAAUUAUUUGAGGCAGCCAGGUGUGAUAUAGUGGAUAGAGUUCUGGACCUAGAGUCAGGAAAACCUGAGUUUGAAUCCAGCUUCAGACUCUUAAUAGCAAGUCUCUCAACCUCAGUUUCAUCUAGAAAUUGAAGGGGUUAGAUUUGUCAGCCCCCAAGGCUCCUUCUAUCUCUAAAUCUAUGAUGCUGAUAUAGUUAGUCACUUUUGGCUUAUCAAGCUCAUAUUCUGAGAAUUUCCCAGAAGUUUUUUUGUAUAUUAUGACCUUGCCAGCCUGCUGUUUUGUAAAUAGAUUUUAAUAGCAUGCCCAGUUCCUUUAGUUCCCAAAUCAUGUACUAACUAGUGUGCUGUUUGUUGGCACUAGAAUAGGGUCUAAUUAAUUGAAAAAAGUAUUUUUCUCCUUACCUAAGUCAAUUCACAGUCUCAAAGAUGGAGCAGAAGAGAUAUUCUUCUGAAUUAGUAGAGGACAUUUGGCACUGGGAGUUUUCUAUAUCUAAUAAAAUCACAAGUCCAGUCCAAAAAAACCCAUAUUAAAUCUACUUGAAAACAACAGCAAACAAAAGCUUAGUUGCCAAUUUGCUCUACUUAUAAUUAGAAAAGUCUUUUUCUUUAAAGAAUGGACCUCCUAUUCACAAUAUCUAUUAUAACCAUUACAAAAUCAGCCUCAGUACUAUGAAACUGCAUCAAGAAAGUGCCAAGUUAGAUCUAACUUGGCACUUUUUCACAUAUAUAAAUAUACAUAUAUAUAUAUAUAUAUAAAAUAUCUAUAGAUAAUCUGGAUGUAUAAUGUUUAUUGCUAUCAUUUGUUUUUUAUAUAAUUUAUAUUCCCCAUUAUAUUCCACCAUCCCACCCCCCACCUAUUUUCAGAAAGUCUUUCCUUAUAGGAAAUACUUUUUGGAGAAGAAGAAGAAAGAAUCACCCCACCCAAAAAAAUUUUUUUUUGGUAAAACUAAUCAAAAUAAUGAAAAGUUUGAUGUUACAUGCAGUAAAACACACUUAUGAUCUCCAACUCCUAAAGUAAAACUGUGGGAGAUAUCUUGACAUAGGGGUCAUGCUUGGUUACUAUAAUUUCAGAGCAUUCAAUGUAUUCUCUAUAGGACCAUACUUCUAUCUCCAUGUAGUCAAACUUUCACUGGAAAGAGAUUUAUUAAGGAACUCAGAAUAUGUUAAAUUUUAUUUUCUGCUACACUAUUAACACUACAGAUGCUUUAUUAUAAAUGCAAAAUAUGAAUUCUGUAAUGAAUUAUUUAUUCUAUGACCUCAUGACUUAUUACUUUGCUUUCCACAUCAAUUGGUGAACAAAACCUUUGUUCAGUCUACGGUUGACUCAAUAUUUAUCUUUUGAUAUCUUUGUUCAAAUGUUAUUUAAUUUGUAAGAGAAGCAACAUGGGAGAGAACGGAUUCAGAUACACCUGGGCUCAAAUCUCACCUCUUAACUUUACUAGCUAUAAGACCUUGGACAAAUAACAAUCUCUUAUAGUAUAUGAAAUUACAAGAGCCAGAGUUCUGGGUAGGAAAAAUAGAUUUAUUAAUUAGGGCAACAAAAAAAUCAAUACAUUGAGGUUGCUAAUCUGUCACGGUAGUCAAAGAUUAAAAGAAAAUCUCUUGGCCACCUUAAAUCCAGUGUCUUCCUUCUGACAGAAAUCUCUCCUACCAAGCAAAAGGCAACUCUGAUUGUUUUUUGUUUUUUCUUUUUUCUUUUAAGGGGCAAUGAGGGUUAAGUGACUUUCCCAGGGUCACACAGUUAGCAAGUGUCAAGUGUAUGAGUCCAGAUUUGAACUAAGCUCCUCCUGAAUCCAGAGCCAGUUCUCUAUCCACUGUGCCAUCUAACUGCCCCCCUAAUCCGGAUUGUUGUUUAGUUCUUUCAUUCAUAGCCAACUCUUCAUGACCCCAUUUGGGGUUCUCUUGGCAAAGAUACUGUAGUAGUUUGCCAUUUCCUUCUCCAGUUCAUUUUACAGAUGAGGAAACUGAGGCAAAUGGUGUUAGGUGACUUGUCCAGGGUCACAUAGCUAAGUGUCUGAGGCUGGAUUUGAACUCAGGUUUUCCUCCCUCCAGGCUGGGCACUCUAUCCACCGCACCACCUACCUGCCACUCUGGUUAGUGAUCAUUCAAUGAGGAGGAGGGCUAAGAGGUCUCAAUUCCUUCUAUUUGAGGGGAAGAAUGAAAGCUGAGAAUGUGGACUAAUCUUGAGAUUCAGCAGCCUCAAGCAAUCUGAGCAAGGGAAUCCAUCUGGAUCAUGCUCUACCUGGUCAUUUCUUCUUUGAGCCUGGUCAUCCCAAACUUUUAAUGAGGGAAACAAAGACACAGGAGUCACUUUUGGUGACCUGGACUAGUUCCAGUUGCUUUCUGUUUAUAGAGUAAACAGAAAGCAACAGCAGGAAUGUUAGCAUAACAUUCAUUUUCUGGAAUGAGAGGUCUCUCUAAAACCUAGACCAAAAGGUAUGUAUGGGGGGAGGGAAGGAGAUAUUAUAAUUUAAUUUAAUAAUCAAAUGAUAAAAGUUAUUAAAAUUCAUUUUCUUUACUCUAAAGCCUCAAGUAAUUCUCUAAGACUAGGAAUCAUAGAUGAUCUGUGUCAAUGAAAUCCUAGAUCUGUGAUAUAUAAUUUAUAAUAAAAAUGUUGUAUGAUAUC